GGAAGUGCAGAUGUUGUAGCUGUCAGAGAACAAAGUGGUGACACUGUUGUAGAGUCAGAGCAGGGUAUGCGAUACUGCGGGAGCUCAGUUAAAUCCACUUGGUUGUAAAAGUUUGGGCUGCAAGAUUAGCCGCUUCUCACGGGUCGCAGAGCUGUUUUCAAGACUGUCUAUUCACAAGAUGGCUCCGACUAACGUCAUUCAUCAUAAAUCCCCUGGAGCGGGGUGCAGUUGUCCAUUAGAGUCUGAGCUGCGAUCAGUUCUGCAGCAAAGGAUUAUGGUCCUGGACGGUGGUAUGGGAACCAUGAUCCAACAGCAAAAGCUUGAGGAGGAAGAUUUCAGGGGGAAUGAAUUUAAAGACCACCCUCUUCCUCUGAAGGGCAACAACGACCUUCUGAGUAUCACACAACCAGAUGUCAUUUACAAAAUACACAAGGAGUACCUCCUGGCUGGAGCUGACAUCAUAGAGACCAACACAUUCAGCAGCACUUCUACCGCCCAGGCAGACUAUGGACUGGAGCACUUGGCUUAUCGCCUCAACAGGGUGUCGGCGGAGCUGGCGAGGAAGGCAGCCGACGACGUCGCCACGCAGACUGGUUGUAAACGCUACGUGGCUGGUGCGUUGGGUCCUACCAAUAAAACCUUGUCUGUGUCCCCGUCUGUGGAGAGACCGGAUUUCAGGAACAUCACAUUUGAUGCGCUUGUAGAAGCUUACUCAGAGCAGAUCAGAGGUUUAUUAGAUGGAGGCGCAGACAUCCUUCUGGUUGAAACCAUCUUUGACACUGCCAAUGCUAAGGCCGCCUUAUUUGCCAUUGACCAGCUGUUUGAAAAGAGCUACGAAAGAAAACCUGUAUUUAUCUCAGGGACUAUUGUUGACCGGAGUGGGCGAACUCUGUCCGGGCAGACAGGAGAAGCCUUUGUAGUGAGUGUAUCCCAUGCUAAACCUUUAUGUAUUGGUCUGAACUGUGCCUUGGGAGCCACAGAGAUGAGGCCGUUCAUUGAGGCCAUAGGAAAAAGCACCACAGCUUUUAUUAUCUGUUAUCCCAAUGCAGGUCUUCCCAACACAUUUGGAGGGUAUGACGAAACUCCACAAGUAACAGCCUCCAAUUUAAAGGAGUUUGCUACGGAUGGACUAGUGAAUAUUGUGGGAGGCUGUUGUGGGACCACUCCAGAACACAUCAGAGCCAUAUCUGAAGCAGUCAGAGUCUGCCAGCCAAGAGUUCCUGCUACGGAUAUUUAUCAAGACUAUAUGCUGCUCUCAGGUUUAGAGCCGUUCAGGAUCGGCCCAUACACCAACUUUGUUAACAUUGGCGAGCGCUGUAACGUAGCUGGGUCACGCAAGUUCGCCAAGCUGAUCAUGGCAGGAAACUAUGAGGAGGCUCUAAGCAUUGCAAAAGCCCAGGUAGAGAUGGGGGCCCAAAUCCUGGAUGUAAACAUGGAUGAAGGGAUGCUGGAUGGACCAACAGCUAUGGCCCGAUUCUGUAACUUUGUUGCUUCUGAGCCAGACAUCGCACGGGUUCCUCUGUGUAUCGACUCCUCUAACUUCUCGGUGAUUGAGGCUGGGUUGAAAUGCUGCCAGGGGAAAUGUAUCGUUAACAGUAUCAGUCUGAAGGAAGGAGAGGAUGAGUUCCUGCUCAGAGCUGCCACUGUGAAGCGCUAUGGAGCUGCAGUGGUGGUCAUGGCCUUCGAUGAGGAGGGACAGGCCACAGAUACCGACCGUAAAGUGGAGAUCUGCACACGGGCCUACAAGCUGCUGGUCAGCAAAGUGGGGUUUGACCCCAACGACAUCAUUUUUGACCCCAACAUUCUCACCAUUGGUACGGGCAUGGAGGAACACAAUGACUACGCCAUCCACUUCAUUAGAGCCACCAGGCUAAUCAAGGAGACACUACCAGGAGCCAGGGUGAGCGGAGGUCUGUCCAACCUGUCAUUCUCCUUCAGAGGGAUGGAGGUCAUCAGAGAAGCUAUGCAUGGAGCGUUUCUCUACCAUGCUAUCAAGGAUGGGAUGGAUAUGGGGAUAGUGAAUGCUGGGAACCUGCCGGUCUAUGAUGACAUAGAUAAACAGCUGCUUUUACUGUGUGAAAACCUCAUCUGGAACAGAGACCCUGAUGCUACUGAGAAACUACUGGCCUAUGCACAGAACAAUGUGAAAGGAGGGAAGAAGGUGAUUCAGACAGAUGAGUGGAGACAAGGAAGUGUGGAGGAGAGGCUGGAGUAUGCUCUCAUUAAGGGAAUAGAGAAGUAUGUGGUGCAGGAUGUGGAAGAGUGUCAGGCUCAGGUUGACCGCUACACUCGACCCCUUCACAUCAUCGAGGGCCCGCUGAUGAACGGCAUGAAGGUGGUGGGAGAUCUGUUUGGAGCUGGGAAGAUGUUCCUGCCACAGGUGAUCAAGUCGGCUCGUGUUAUGAAGAAGGCUGUGGGCUAUCUGAUUCCUUUCAUGGAGAAGGAGAGGGAGGAGAUGAUGGCACAGUCACAGUCAACUGAGGACGUGGAUCCCUACCAGGCCACCAUAGUUCUGGCUACAGUGAAGGGAGAUGUCCAUGAUAUUGGGAAGAACAUUGUAGGUGUGGUGCUGAGUUGCAACAAUUUCAGAGUGAUCGACCUGGGUGUGAUGGUUCCCUGUGAUAAGAUCCUCAGAGAAGCCAUCAGUCAGAAAGCAGAUAUCAUUGGCUUGUCUGGUCUCAUUACCCCCUCGCUGGAUGAGAUGAUCUAUGUGGCCAAAGAGAUGGAGAGACUGGGGAUUACAACGCCGCUGCUGAUUGGAGGAGCCACCACAUCAAAGACACAUACAGCAGUGAAGAUUGCCCCUCGCUACACUGCUCCUGUUAUCCAUGUCCUAGAUGCCUCCAGGAGUGUGGUUGUGUGCUCACAGCUCCUAGAUGAGACACUGAAGGAAGAGUACAUUGAAGACAUUAAAGAAGAGUAUGAGGAGAUCAGGCAGGAGCAUUAUGACUCCCUCAAGGAUCGUCGUUAUCUGUCUCUUUCCCAGGCUAGAGAGAAGGCUUUACAUAUAGACUGGCUGUCUCUACCCAGGCCAGUGUGUCCUCAGUUCCUGGGCACCCGUGUCUUUGAGAGGUACGACCUGAACAGUCUGUUGGAAUUCAUUGACUGGAAGCCUUUCUUUGAUGUGUGGCAGCUGAGAGGAAAAUACCCCAACAGAGGUUACCCAAAGAUUUUCAAAGACAAGACUGUUGGUUUGGAGGCUCAGCGAGUCUUUGAUGACGCACAGCGGCUGCUAAACCAGGUAAUUGACAAUGGCAGUCUGGAGGGCCGGGGCCUGGUGGGUUUCUGGCGGGCCCAGAGUGAUGGUGAUGACAUCAAAGUGUACAAAGAUGAUGUCACAGUGCACAGAGACACCAACCCCGUCGCCACGUUCCAUGGCUUACGACAACAGGUGGAGAAGGAUGGCUCCAGUUCAGAGCCCUACCUGUGUUUGUCUGACUUUGUUGCCCCUGUAGACAGCGGUGUGGCGGACUACAUUGGCAUGUUUGCUGUGGGUGUGUUUGGAGCUGAGGAGCUGAGUCAGCAGUUCCAGGCUCAGGGAGAUGACUACAGCAGCAUCAUGGUCAAAGCCCUGGCUGACCGACUGGCUGAGGCCUUUGCUGAAGAGCUUCAUGUUCGUGUUCGUAAGGAGCUGUGGGGCUACAGCACUGAUGAGGCUCUGCAGGCCUCAGACCUUCACAGAGUUCGAUACCAGGGCAUUAGACCUGCAGCUGGCUACCCCAGCCAGCCUGACCACACAGAGAAGACCACCAUGUGGAGCCUGGCUAGCAUCCAGGAGAAGACUGGUAUUGGUCUGACAGAGUCCCUGGCCAUGACGCCUGCUGCCUCAGUGUCUGGACUUUACUUCUCCAACCCUCAGGCCUCGUACUUUGCUGUGGGAAAGAUCACCAAGGAGCAGGUGGAGGACUAUUCCUCAAGGAAAGAGAUGAGUGUGGAGGAGGUGGAGAGAUGGCUGGCUCCCAUACUGGGUUAUGACAGUGAGAUGUAGACUGUGACUGGACCUUAGAUGGAUGAGAGUAGGGUUUACACUGUACUCAUUCCACUGCAGCUCACAGUUUCUUCCUUUCACUGACAUAGCAUAUCACUUACUUAUGUAGAAGCACACUAGGCCUUAUGCUUUCACUCAGCAUUUUUUAUUGUGCAUUUGCACAUUGCAUUUUGUUUUGUUUUGGGUGUUAUUGCUUUAAUGUUUAAGAUAUACUAACAAGAUAGUUCACCAUUUUGAAAAAUGUGCUUACUUGACAUCUAUGUAAGAGUGAAAUGAGGACAUUAAAAGAUUAAUAUCAGUCUCAUUUCUGUGUGUUAAGUACAGAGAUGAGGUCAGGAUGUGGUGGACCCCGCUUGGCAUAAAGAAUGCCUCAUAAGUUAAAAAGCAUACCUAGCAACACGUCACUGAUUAACAUAUACACAAACAGAAUUGUCAUUGAACAACAGUUCAUCCAUGUGUUCGACACAACUGGUUAAUAUGUGUUUUGGUUUUGGCCUCCAUACACACCCAGUGGUACCAAAUUUGGCAAGGAUACUGUGAAAAGAAGUCUGCAUGUACAGUCACUGCACCUGUCUGUGACUGUGACACAUUUUGGUAGAUGUAUCUUUGAAUUUUGUGACGAAACAGGCUAGUUUCCCCCCUACUCUAAGACUUUAUGCUAUGCUAGGCUAUCCACAUCAUGACUUCAGCUCUGUACUCAGCACAAACACUUGAGAUUGAUAUGGAUCUUUCCAUCUCACUCCAGGACAAAAAGUGAAUGCUGAAACACAAAGAGCUUUAGAAAUUUUCUCCAAAGAAAGAAAGCAACAAAUGAAUAUAACUACAGUCAGAAGACAUCGGAUCCAAGAACCAUUAAAAAAGAAUCUGCUCUUACAUUUAGUGCCAACUUUCAGGUAAAUUUUCUUGCAUUGUAGUAUGGACCACUUCACUCACCCCUCAAAAAAUACUGAGGUAAGCAUAAAUAAGUAUAAAUAAAACUUUCUUUAGCUAUUUUAAUAUGUAAUUCAUAUCAAAUCCAAUAUGUAUAAAAGGAACUACAGAACAACCGCACCGUUUACUCUGGACACGUGGUUUAUGUUGUAAAUGUUCUUAUUGAUUUCACUGAACUUUUAAAUUUAUAUGAGGAAGUUAGUUUGCAUAUUACAGAUUGUAUUUGUUUUUAAUCAUGAUGUAAAAAUAUGAUUUUACAGUUGUCAUGUAAAUAUUUUCACAUUAUCAACAGUUGCAUGGUGGCUGUGGUUUUUCACCAUGCUUAAAAGUUACCCUGUAAAAAAAAAAAAGUCUUGAAUGAAUGAAUUAUGUCACUAAGAGUGACAAUAAUGAAAAAAUAUUUUAAUUUGAUAACCCUUUUAUUAUUUCUCUUCUAGUGUUGCUAAUUGUAUUCAGCCAUUAUAGAAAAUGCUGAAAAUACACUUCAACCUCCAGACAUUUAAACCUACAGCAAACGGUUAAUUUAACCUUGUACCACAGUUUAACCAUGUUGCAAUAUCAUGUGUAACUGCAACAAGACAUUCUUUCAUUAUUUGAAUGGCAGGUUUCCAGUGUUGUAUUGGUUUGGUUAGUAGAAAAUUACUGAUCAUUCAUUCAUUUUGUAAUUUAUAAAAAAAAAAAGAAAAAAGUGCUUCACUUCCAAAUGUCACUGUAGUGACUUAGAAAUGUGAAAGAUCUGUACAUUAGGACACGUUUAUAGAUAAUAUAAAUGAUUUUUUUGAAAGGUAUUCAAUCACAUAUUUUUUCUACAUCCUGCAGUUUUCCUGACAGUGAGGAGCAAAGCAGGAGUCCUGGCAUCUAAUUACUUGAAUGCAGUUUAAAUUCUGCCUUGAUAACUAAACAGCUUUUAGCUGGAGGUUCCUUAAUCUCACUAGAACAAACAAAAUCAGUUACAAUAAAAGAUAAGCUUUUUUUCAGUAAGUGUACUUGCUCAUAAAGACUUAAGAGAACAAAGCAGUAUUAUGAAACCUUAAUCUUUGAAUGAUUAAAGUGGUAAAACGGAUUACGUUUUCUAUCAGUGUCCACUUGUUGAGAUGUAAAAGAUGUAUUAAAAGAUGUAUUAUUAUUGCUAUAUCUGUACUAUACAACACAUCUGCUUAUUCCAUGAUCCUGACAAAUCUCCACACCAGCAAACAACCAGGUUAAAAUUGCAAAUAAGUUUCUGUAAGAUGCAAACUAAAGUGUGUUUCACAUGUGUCUUAAACUCCCCAGUGUGCCACAGAAGCUGAUUUCAGUUAGGGUUCUUGGUCAGUUUACAUGAAACUUUGAUACUUUAUCUGUUUUAUUUUCUUACUUUAGAAAAAUAAAAAGUUGCAGAUAAAUUAUGGUGGCAUUGUAAAACAACAUUUGAACGCUGCUAUUUUGUUAAAAAUAAAUAAUUUCAACGUA